AACUUCUUCGCCAUGUUUCCUUGAUCAUAACAUUGCCAUCCUAAAGAAACUUUUUGUUUAAUUUUGAGGAUGUCUUAACUGCAACUGUCUCUGCUGAUUCGUAAUUCCAAAUGAAUUUACCACGAACGGACCAGCCAUGGCGUGUUUAGAAAAUCUGAAACAGGACAUACGGAUCCUGGAGAGCACUUUCCCUAGACAAAACGAACGGUUUCAGAUUCUGACAGUCUCGGUUGACGAGAUAUCUUGUCGAUUUAUCGACAGAAAUGGUGACAAACAUCGUAUUCACGGCAAUAUUACGGAGACAUAUCCACAGAUGGCUCCAAUGUGGUACAUAGACGAUGAUGAUAGCUACAUCAGUGCUGCAAUCCAAGAACUGGAGAGAGCCCCACCUACCAAAAAUAACAUUUUGCAACAAGUGAAGAUGUUGGUAACAACACUUUGUCGCCUGAAUGAAGUCCCUGUACCUGAGGCCAUGUCCCACAUAGACCAUGCACUAACAGAAAGGGGCAUGGUGAUUUCUGAUGAGGACGAGGAUGACGAAGACGAGGAACAGGAAGUAGAAGAUGAUGAUGGAGAGGAGGAAGUUUGUCACGACGACAUGGAGGAAGAUCCUCAAAAUGACCAGAGAAUGAAGGCGGAGGUAGCUGGUAUUGACACAGACAAUUUAAUGGUAUUGGAACGACUGAGACAGAAUCAAAGACAAGAUUAUCUCAAGGGUUCUGUGUCAGGGUCCGUGCAGGCUACAGAUCGUCUGAUGAAAGAGUUACGGGAUAUUUAUCGCUCAGACAGUUUUAAAAAAGGAAUUUACACAGUUGAUCUAGUCAAUGAUUCACUUUAUGAAUGGAGUAUAAAGUUAAAAAAAGUCGAUCCAGAUAGCUCUUUGUACACUGAUCUUCAAACCUUCAAGGAAAAGGAAGGCAGGGACCAUAUUCUUCUUAAUUUUACUUUUAAGGACAACUACCCUUCCGAGCCGCCAUUUGUACGAGUGAUAACCCCUGUAUUACAAGGAGGCUAUGUGCUGGGAGGAGGGGCCAUCUGUAUGGAGCUUCUGACACGACAGGGGUGGAGCAUAGUAUACAGUAUGGAGUCGGUUAUCAUGCAGAUUGCAGCAACACUUGUGAAAGGGAAAGCUAGAAUCCAGUUUUCUGCGUCAAAGAAUCAGUACAGUCUAGCUAGAGCCCAACAGUCUUUCAAAUCUUUAGUGAAGAUUCAUGAAAAAAAUGGAUGGUUCACUCCUCCAAAAGAAGAUGGUUAAGAAGUACUUAUGGCUGGGUUUUUUUCUGUGACAUUUAAAAUCAUCAACAUGCUGAGACUUUCCUAACGGAGAAUCACCUUUGUUGCCUACUUUGCAGUACAUUGUGUCCAUGUACUGAUGAACAUUCUAGAACGCAUUUCUUGGAGAAAUGGAUUCAUCGUCAUAUGCAGCAUCAGUCAGUUUUCUUCUCGUCAGCUGAGUAUGUUUGAUGUACCCACAUCAGUCACCCGUGAACCUGGCUACAUCAGUGUUUAUAGAAGACAGUCUGCACCAAUACAGACUUAAUUAGUAUUGUAAGCCAGACCCUGAAUCCUCAAAUACAGACUCCAGAUUGUUUGUUCCUCAUAUUGCAAAGCCUAUAUUUAUUGAUAUGUAGUUAGGUACACUUAGAAGUUUCGACCAUGUCUUAUCAACAGGAACGCUUUUGUAAGGUUAGCUUUAGUUGUCAUAUGUGUAGCAUAUCAUAAGAAUAAUAGGCUAAACUGCGGGCAUUGAUCACUAAAAGAUUUGAACGUAAUUAAGAUAUUUGGAGAGGUGUGAUUUUGAUGUAACAAAACUAUCCAUUUGAAGGAGACAAAAAAUGGGGAAAUUAAAGCUCAUAGAAAGUAUAUUACAGAAUUAGUUUUUCGAACAGUUGCUAUGUACUUACCAAAAAGUGAUAUGUACAUUAUAACAUUUUUGCAUAUAAACAAAGUUACAUGUGUCAAAUAAAAACAUCUUCCCCUGAAUAUUUCUUUUUUCCUGAGAUUGAGUGUGUUUUUUUUAUCUGCAUUGGUUUUUCUGCUGUUGCCAAUUCAUGGUUGUUCUUGUGAUGUGCUACACAAUAAAUUGUACGGAGGGUUUGAAAACUGCACUAGGCAAUCGUAAGGUUGUAAGAGCGGGAGAUUGUGAAUAAAAAAUAAUUUGCGACAGGUGAAAUAAGCGAUUUUAUGGUGAAUGUGUAAAUUGUGUGUGUCAGCGGAUCGUAAGUAAGUGAGUCAGCAUAUUGUAUAUUGUUUUUGUAUGAGAAUUUACAUGUUUAUGUCAUGCCAGACAGAUUAUAUUAUCGUAGCUGACAUUUCCAGGUUAGGAGUUUUGGAUGGAAUUCUAGUCUUGAACUUGUUCAUCUCCAUUUGAAUGAUAUUCAUCUUCCACAUGGUAUAUAUUGAAUUAUUUGAGACUUCCUACAGAUUUUUUUCAUUUUUUUUUGUUCACUUUUGUUUUCAUUCAUUUCUUCUUAACUUGCACAAAAUUUAACAAUAUGACGGCUCAAAUUUCAUAUCCAUCAUCAAUACAAAGAACUAAGUGUAAGUUCUUGGUAUCAUACCUUGACGAUUACAAUUGGUUGAUCACAUUUUAAUGUUUUAAACAAUUUCUUAACUUCUGUAUAAUAAACUUACUUGUAAUGGACGGAAAAGAUAAUAUCUGGAUAAUGUAGAAAAAUAUGUCAAAUUGACAAUCCGUUAACAGCUAACACUUGUGUGACUUAAUGUGGGCUGCCAGAAGAGCUUUAUUGCCCUGCCAAAAAUGGUUCGGGUGGUUGGACCACUGUUAAUCAUUUAUGAAAUAAUGAAAGACCAAUUUGGAAGCCUGGGCAGUCAAUGUUACCGAAGAGUUUUUUUGCCUCCCAGAAAUGGUUUGGGUGGUCAAACAUUCAUGAAAUGGGGAUGGACCAAGUUUUGAGGACGAGUGAAGACGAGUAUUAACAUUUACAGGCCUGCUCAGGUUUGAAAGUGUAAAGGGAUAUAACUCCUGAAACAUUAAGUUCAUGUGAUAUUCAGUGAUUUGCAAACUCUAAAUGGAGAAUGUAUCUCUCAGUAAAUAAUGCAAUUCUUUUUGUCUGGUACAUGAUGAUUAGGCAUACAGCUGUUAACAAAGGUCAGCAUAGUAAAGCAAAUAAUGUAAUUUUCUAAUUUUCCCUUUUAACCCAAUUUUCUGUUUUAUUUAAUAUCUUAAGUGACUUCUUAUCAUAAGCAUACUUUUAGUUGCAUUCAUUUCCAUUAUAAUAUAUCAAAAGAAAUUCUCGUUUACUCCAUUUGUUGAGUUUAGAAACAAUGUUUUCUGCUGAUUUGAGAACAAGACAUCAUACACUGUGAAAUUGGUGAAAUUGGUGAAAUAUGUCAUGUUAUUCUGUUGUUAUAUGCAUAUAUGGUAUUGCUGUUGAAUGAAAAUCUACCUAUUUUGAUGCUGGAAUCCAGGUAAACAGCACAUUGUAAGACAACAUUAAUGUACUAAAUUGGUUGUCAAAAGCAGUUUGAAAUAUGUAUAUUGACACUUUUUUGUGGAUUUACAAAUGUAAUACAUGUCCAUUUAACAAAAAACCCAUGAAGUAGUGAUUGAGCUUCUAUGAAAAAUUUCACACAUCCAUGCUUGUAUACACAGGGGCUUGUGCUUUCUCUUUGUAAUACACGUGUACUUGGGAUGUGUUUAUAACUGUUGUUCAACAAACACAUGUAUUUUCUGCUCCAAUAGUUUCACUAGAUGCAUGAAAAAAAUUAUACUGCUCCAAUAGUUUCACUAGAUACAUGAAAAUCUCACAAACAAUAGCCCAACAUUCAUAGGAAAUACAUUUUUUGAAGGUUUCACACCAGGAAGUAUUAUUUUAAGUACCUAACUGAUGGCGUUGCUAAAAUGAGAGUUUUGGAAAUGUUUGAUGGUUUUCGAUCCACUUGUGUGCUAUGUUUCUGCACACUAGAAAUGUUGGGGCUAACGCUUUCUUACCUUCACUGCACUCCUGGAAUAUAUAGUGACGAAAUUGAAGGCUUCAACAUUUGGAUGAUAGAAAUAGAUACAUGCAUUUGAUACUUUGAUGUACAUGGAAAGGAUCAAACUUCAGCUUUAUGGUAAAAGUGACUGACUUUGAAGUUGAAUGUUCUCACCGGACAGGUAUCAUCCCAGUGACUGGCCAAUUAUUUUACCUAAAGCUAAUGAAAUAGCUAACUGUAUUCCUUGAUUUUACCAUGACAUAUUCCAGGUGUGCAGAGAGCAUUGGUGAGCGUAACCGAAGGGAUUUUGAGGUUGACCAAACUGCCACAUGCAACAUUUUUCAUGCAUGGUAAUUUGUAAAUGGCUGAACUAUUUUUAUGACACAAUUUGAAUGUAUAGUUUAAAAAAAAGAUAUAGAAAACCUGAAUACAAAAUGUUUAAGGUUGGAGAUAUUUCUUAGCAGAGGUCUUCACUGGAGUCGCCAUAAUUACGAAUGAGAUUUUGAAAAAUAGUGCAUCACUAUAUGGGAAAUCACAAUUAUAUUGUUUGUUUGGACAUGUACUGACAUCUUCACAAGUAGCUGACAGCAGAACUAUAGGGAAUCUUUUGACAAUCACAACUGUUGUCUUGUAAUUUAUUGUGUGCAAAAGCUGACUUUCGUUUUUAAAGGAUUGGAUAACAGUUUUUAACAAUGGUUCUUCUAAGAAAUAUGACCCCAAACAGUUGUACUGCCUCACCUCCUGUUUUUAGUAAUCAUGUAUACCACUUGUGUAAGUGAUUCUUUGAGCUAUUUGUUAAUUAAUGUCUUGUGUCACGGGCAACAGAAGCUGCUGACAUUAAUAUGUUAUAUACGAAUUGUACCACUGAAACAGAAGUCAAUAAAUUAAAUAAAAGAA